CGCGGCGUCGAGAGGGGCAGGGGCGGGGAGAAGCGAGAGCGGGUGCGCCCCGCCCCACUCCCGGUUCCCACCGGCACCGGAAGGACUCCCGCUGCACCUCCGCCGCUCCCUCCUCCCUCCCGUGAAAAGCGAGGCUCGAGAGGCUUAACAAAGGCGAGCGGAGGCGGAGGAGGCAGGGUCCGAAGGACGGCGGGGCGGGCUGGAUCCCGUGCCUUGAGUCCAUUCUGUAUUCGCACCGCGCGAUAACACGCGAGUCCAGCGUUGUGGCGGCGCCCACGCGGCUCUAGGCGGGGCCCCUUCCGCGCUCCCGGCCCAGAGUAGUCUCGGCUGUUAGUCAGAAAACCUGAUUGCUUUACCCUGGGAAAUAGGAUCCCUGACGAAUACACCUGCUAGCAGGGAACAGAGGAUGUUAUGGAGCUGCUUGAAGAAGAUCUCACUUGCCCAAUCUGUUGCAGUCUGUUUGAUGAUCCCCGAGUUUUGCCUUGCUCACACAACUUUUGCAAAAAAUGUUUAGAAGGGAUCUUAGAGGGGAAUGUGCGGAAUUCAUUGUGGAGAUCAUCUCCAUUCAAGUGCCCCACAUGUCGUAAAGAAACUUCGACUACUGGAGUCAACAGCCUACAGGUUAAUUAUUCCUUGAAGGGCAUUGUGGAAAAGUAUAAUAAAAUCAAGAUCUCUCCCAAAAUGCCAGUGUGCAAAGGACACUUGGGGCAGCCUCUCAACAUUUUCUGCCUGACUGAUAUGCAGCUGAUUUGUGGAAUCUGUGCUACACGUGGUGACCAUACUAAGCAUGUCUUCUGUUCUAUUGAAGAUGCCUAUGCUCAGGAAAGGGAUGCUUUUGAGUCCCUUUUUCAGAGCUUUGAGACUUGGCGUCGGGGAGAUGCUCUUUCUCGCUUGGAUACCUUGGAAACUAGCAAGAGAAAAUCUCUACAGUUACUGACUAAAGAUUCAGAUAAAGUGAAGGAGUUUUUUGAGAAAUUACAACACACACUGGAUCAAAAGAAGAAUGAAAUCCUGUCUGACUUUGAGACCAUGAAACUUGCAGUUAUGCAAGCUUAUGACCCAGAAAUCAACAAACUCAACACUAUUUUGCAGGAGCAACGAAUGGCCUUUAACAUUGCUGAAGCUUUCAAAGAUGUGUCAGAACCCAUCAUAUUUUUGCAACAGAUGCAGGAGUUCAGGGAAAAAAUAAAAGUAAUCAAGGAGACUCCACUACCUCCUUCUAAUUUGCCCACAAGCCCUUUAAUGAAGAACUUUGAUACCAGUCAGUGGGAAGAUAUAAAACUAGUAGAUGUGGAUAAACUUUCUUUGCCUCAAGACACUGGCACAUUCAUUAGUAAGAUUCCUUGGAACUUUUAUCAGUUUUUUGUGGUAAUAGUUCUGCUUAGCUUUUUCAUAUUCUUCAUUCCUACUGUAUUUCUAGAAUGGUCUCCAUUUGAUGAACUCAAAAUUUGGAAAGACUACCUUUCAAAAUUGAGUUUCUAUCUGACUAACUCGGCUGACUUUGUAGAGCAGUCUAGAUUUUACUGGAAACAAGUGACAAAUGAGUUUUUCAUUUUCAGUGAAAAAUUCAAGAAUUUCACUCUGGUGGUAUUGAACAAUGUAGCUGAGUUUGUGUGCAAAUAUAAACUGGUGUAAAAUCUGUCAAGUAUAUAGUUUUUUUUUUGUUAGAUAACAGAGUGGUAGUUGAGAUUUGGUCUAAGAUUCUAGCCAGAUAUUUUCCUACAAAAGUACUCCUUUAAUAAAUAAUGUCCUAUUCCAUGUUGAAAUUGGGAAAAAUAAAGUGAAAGAUAAUGUGAAAUUUAAUAGUACAGACUUGGAGUCAUUUUAAAAUAAGCAUCCUAUCCCAUUAUUGUGUUUAUGUUAUAAUAAAUAUAGGAGGUGAGAAAGUACAUAAUCUAAAAUUGUAUUGAUGUAGUGUAAAUUCAUUUAAGUUGUAAUAAAGAUUACUUUGUAAAGCA